AUGAAGUCGGCCAGCAGGCUGUUCUAUCUCUCCGUCUUUGCUCUCUGGGCAGCGCCCUCGGGCUGCUCCACGCCCCAGGCCGACUGCGCGAUCUCCCCCAAAUCCAUUGUCAACGACGCCUGCGCCUCGUAUGCCACGCUCGAAAAGCUCAAUGGCCAGGUCAAGCCCGCCCUCGACAACCUCGUCUCCUCGACCGACUUCUUCUCCCACUACCGCCUCAACCUCUUCCACAAGCGAUGUCCCUUCUGGAACGACGAGAACGGCAUGUGCGGCAACAUAGGAUGCGCCGUGGAGACGCUCGACAACGAAGAGGACAUCCCCGAGGUCUGGCGCGCCAGCGAGCUUAGCAAGCUCGAGGGGCCUCGCGCCCGCCACCCCGGCAAGAAGGAACGGCGGCAACACCCGGACCGCCCGCUCAAGGGCGAGCUCGGCGAAGGGGUGGGCGAGAGCUGCGUCGUCGAGUACGACGAUGAAUGCGACGAUCGCGACUACUGCGUGCCCGAGGACGAGAGCGCCGCCUCAAAGGGCGACUACGUCAGCCUCUUGCGCAACCCCGAGCGCUUCACCGGCUACGGCGGCGAGAGCUCCAAGCAGAUCUGGGACGCCAUCUACCGCGAAAACUGCUUCCAGCGCAACUCGUUCCCGCACUCGGCCAACCUCGGAAUCUCCCCACGGGCCCCCGGCCCCGCUGCCCAGGACUUCAAGCAUGUCCUGGACGCCGCCGGUCGACAGGCACAGCUCGAGGCCAAGCGCCUGCAGCGCCCCAACGUGCCCUUUGUCGCGCACACAGGCUACGAGGUCGAGGACGAGUGCCUCGAGAAGCGCGUCUUCUACAGGGUCGUGUCGGGCAUGCACGCCAGCAUUAGCGCCCACCUGUGCUGGAGCUUCCUCGACCAGAUGACGGGCGAGUGGCAGCCCAACCUCUCGUGCUACCUCGAACGGCUGCACGGCCACCCGGAGCGCAUCAGCAACCUCUACUUCAACUACGCCCUCGUUACCCGGGCCGUGGUCAAGCUCGGGCCCCACAUCCGCAGGCCGCAGUACACCUUCUGCACGGGCGACCCGUCCGAGGACGAGGCCACGCGGGCCAAGGUGCUCGAGGUGACGCAGCAGGCCGGCGGCGUGCCGCAAAUCUUUGACGAGAGCCUCAUGUUUGUCAACGGCGAGGGCCCAUCUCUCAAGGAGGACUUUCGCAACCGCUUCCGCAACGUCAGCCGCCUCAUGGACUGCGUCGGCUGCGACAAGUGCCGCCUCUGGGGCAAGAUCCAGACCAACGGCUACGGCACGGCCCUCAAGGUCCUGUUUGAGUUUGAGAACAACAGCGGCGAGAUCCCCGUCCUCAAGCGCACCGAGCUCGUCGCCCUCUUCAACACGUAUGCCCGCCUCAGCGAGUCGCUCAGGGCGGUUGACAAGGCAGCCCACAGCGUCAAGUCUGAGAGGGAAGAGAAGCCCGCGAGGGAAGAGAGGGAAGGGAAGGGAAAAUCCGAAUACCUGGAGGACGAGGAGGACGAGGCGGUGCGCGAGUUUAUUGCGCUGCGGCUGCGGGGUCCCAAGAGCGACUCGUUUGGCGACCGGGUCGUGCACGAGAUUGAGCGGCUCCGCGUGGCCGUCAAGAUCGUCGUCAACGGCUGGCUGCGGGCACCCAAGACCUUCUGGCACAUCAUCUCGACAGAGACGGUGCGCCUGUGGCAAUUUUGGGUCGGCCUGCCCGUGAGCCCGCGGCAGUGGAAGAUUGAGUUUCCAGACGUAAACCGGGAUGAGCUGUGA